AUGCUAAAAAUCCUUAUUCCUACCAUUAUGUUAAUCCCAAUAAUUUGAACUACCCCUGCCAAAUGACUUUGAAUAACCUCACUGCUUCACAGCCUAACAAUUGCGCUGCUGAGCCUAUCUUGAUUAAAAAACUUACAAGAAACCGGCUGACUGGCACUCAACCAUUAUCUGGCUACAGACCUUGUCUCCACCCCCCUCCUAAUUUUAACCUGCUGGCUCCUCCCUCUAAUAAUUCUCGCCAGCCAAAACCACAUGGCCCCCGAACCAAUUAAUCGCCAACGUAUGUAUAUUACACUUUUAACGUCCCUGCAAAUUUUUCUUAUCUUAGCCUUUGGAGCCACAGAACUAAUACUAUUUUUCAUUAUAUUUGAAGCAACCUUAGUCCCAACGUUAAUGCUCAUCACCCGAUGAGGAAACCAAGCAGAGCGGCUUAAUGCAGGAAUUUACUUCCUCUUCUACACGCUAGCAGGCUCACUCCCCCUUCUGGUUGCCCUUCUUAUCUUACAAAAUAAUAUAAAUUCCCUUUCUCUGCUCGUCCUGCAAUUUCACAACCCUGUACACCUUACCUCACUCUCGGACUACGUCUGAUGAAUUGGGUGCACAGCAGCAUUCCUAGUAAAAAUACCUUUAUAUGGGGUACACCUCUGAUUACCCAAAGCUCAUGUUGAAGCCCCCGUUGCAGGCUCUAUAGUUCUUGCCGCCGUGCUCCUAAAACUAGGAGGAUACGGAUUAAUCCGUAUGGCUUCCGUUCUUGGCCCAGCUCCUAAAGAACUAAGUUACCCUUUUAUCUCCCUAGCCCUAUGAGGCCUCAUCAUAACAGGGUCAACCUGCUUACGACAGCUUGAUAUAAAAGCCCUUGUCGCUUACUCCUCAGUAAGUCAUAUAGGCCUUGUAGUAGGCGGUGUCCUCAUUCAGACAGCCUGAGGUCUCUCAGGCGCACUAAUUCUAAUAAUCGCCCACGGUCUUACUUCCUCUUCACUCUUCUGCCUGGUAAACACGGUUUAUGAGCGAGUCCACAGCCGUACCAUAAUAUUAGUACGAGGGUUACAAAUAAUCCUUCCCCUCAUGACACUAUGAUGAUUCAUUGCAAGCCUUGCUAACUUGGCCCUCCCUCCUCUCCCUAAUUUUAUAGCAGAACUAAUGGUUAUAUCCUCUUUAUUUAACUGAUCCCACUGAACCUUGAUCCUUACGGGAGCCGGCAUGACAAUCACUGCAGGGUACACGCUCUACAUGUUUAUUUCUACACAAUGAGGCACUCCCCCAAAAUUUCUGCCAACCCUUGAGCCCACGCACUCCCGAGAACACCUAUUAAUAGCACUCCACCUUGUUCCCCUCCUACUGCUAAUCCUUAAGCCAGACCUAAUUGGCGGGCUAUGAAUGGCAAUAU